AUGAAGUUGAAUUAUACAACGAAUCAUCGAACUAAUGUUAUUUAUUCUAAAUUAAUAUCUUCACAAUGUUUGAACUCACAAUUCAAUAUAUGUCGAAUAAUAUCGAAAUCAAAAUUUUCAGACGUUUUUUCUUUUCAAAAUAAUCACUUAUCUCCAUUCUCGACAUCUAGAAUAUUAUCGCGUCAUGCGAGUAAAUCUUCUAAUAAUUAUUCUCCAAAUUCACCACCAAUUAACCUUUUAGCACCGCAGAAACAUAAUAUAAUAAAUAAUUUAUCCAAAGUUAUACACAAUACAUUUUCGGAACAGAGAGAACACAGAGAGCUUAGAGAACGACAGUCAUUAAAAGGAAGUUUAUUAUUUGAAGAAGCGUUAGGACUUAAACUAAACUGGAAUAAAGAUUUAUUGUCUGAUUUAUUACUUCGAUUUAAAACUUCACAUGAAAUUAAGAAAAAAUCUUUAGAGUUGGGGUUGCCACUUCAUAAGUUUAAAAAAGUAAUCAAACAAUUUGCUGACGAAGUUUGGAAUAACAAACUUCAAAGGUGUAAGACUGAAGAUUUACGUGCUGCUUAUGACGCUAAUGGGAAAGAGGGUGUUAAAAAAGCUUUAACAAGUGUAUUUUUAGAGUAUAUACCAGAAUAUUUGGAAGAGCAGGAUAAAGAAAAAUAUCAUUCAUUGAAACAAUUAAGUGAUUUGAGUUUUCCUGCAGAAUGGCAUCCGGCCGCAAGAACUAUGCAACGUAAAAUCAUCAUGCAUGUUGGUCCUACGAAUUCAGGGAAAACCUAUAACGCAUUGAAAUGUUUAGAAAAGGCUGAAUCGGGCAUAUAUUGUGGACCCCUAAGAUUACUUGCUCAUGAAAUCUUUGAUAGAAUGAAUAGCAAAAGUAUCCCAUGUAACCUUGUAACGGGAGAGGAAAGGAGGGAAUUAAAAGGAUGUGAUGUUCGGUUAACCUCUUCAACUAUAGAGAUGGCCAAUUUAAAUAAUCAAUUAGAUGUAGCUGUGAUUGAUGAGAUUCAAAUGAUUUCUGAUCAGCAAAGAGGUUGGGCGUGGACUCAAGCAUUAUUAGGUUUACAAGCAAAAGAAAUUCAUUUAUGUGGAGAGGCUUCAGCUGUCAAAUUAGUGAAAUCAGUAUGUGCUAGUUUAAAUGAAGAUGUUGAGGUAAGAGAGUAUCGUAGACUUUCGAAACUUGUUGUGGCCGACGAAAGCCUUAACGGCGAUCUAGGGAAAAUUCAAAAAGGAGAUUGUGUGGUGACAUUUUCUAGAAAGGCCAUUUUUGGUCUUAAAAACGAAAUUGAACAAGUUACAGGUCUUAGAUGUGCUGUCGUUUACGGAGCUUUACCUCCAGAAACUAGAGCCAUGCAAGCUAAACUGUUCAAUGAUCCUAAUAGUGGAUAUGAUGUUUUGAUUGCUAGUGAUGCGGUUGGAAUGGGCUUAAAUCUUAAUAUCCGUCGAAUUAUCUUUGAGACUGUAAAGAAAUUUGAUGGCAAGGAAAUCAGAUAUAUUUCGAUUCCACAAAUUAAACAAAUCGCCGGACGAGCUGGGCGAUAUGGUUUUGAUAAUCCAAUCGGUGAAGUUACUGCAUUGGAACCCCAAGACAUGAGAUAUGUACAAAAAGCCAUGCAAACACCUUCUAUUGAAUUAGAGGUUGCUGGAUUACAACCUACUAUGGAGAUGGUUGAACAAUUUGCUCAUCAACUAUCUGGUAUCGAACAAUUUGAAAAACUCUUGGAAAAAUUUGAAGAUUUAGCUCGAGUUGAUGGUCAAUUCUUCUUGUGUAAUUUCGAUUCUCAAAAAAUAAUCGCCAAGUCGAUUGAACAUGUUGAUUUGACUAUACCAGAACGUUUCAUUUUUGCAACGUCGCCUAUAAAUUCAUCAGAUCCAAAACUCAUGCUAGUUAUUAAAAAGCUCGCGAAAUAUCAUAGUGACCACAUACCCGUCUCACUUGGUUCAAUCUUGCAUCUUGAUGCCAAAGUACCACGGGACAUACAAUCUUUAUCUUACAUUGAAUCGAAACAUCGUGUCAUCAUGUUAUAUUUAUGGCUAAGUUAUCGAUUUCCCGAAACAUUCUUGAAUAUCGAAGAAGCACUUGAAAUGAAAACAAGAUGUGAGGCGUUAAUUCAUGAAUCAUUACAAUCAUUGAAAUUCUCAAGAAAUCGACAUCGCAUAACAAAAUCAGAUGUUAAAAAGAUGAGUAAGACAUUUAAUCAAUCUCAAGAACGACAGUUAGCUCGAGAACAUAAAUCUAAAUAUCCUAAAAGGAUAAGAAAUUACGAAAAGAGGACGGAAGAAAGGUAUUCCCUUCCAGGUCCUAUCCCUUUACCAUUCAUAGGAAAUUUACAUCAAAUCGGUAUUAAAUUUGAUAAAUUCGCUAAUGGACAAACGAGAAAGCACGGUGAUUUUUGGGAAUUUUUCAUAGGGAAUCAAAGGAAUGUUGUCAUAUCACGACCAAAUUUAAUACAAGAAUUAUGUAAGGAAAACAAUUCAAUAAAUUAUUUUACAAAGUAUAAAGAUAUUAAGUUAGAUUCGAUGAAUAUUAUUAUCAAUUAUGGAGUUAUAUUUAAUAAUAAUUAUGAGAAAUGGAAAUAUUAUAGGAAAUUUUUUGAGAAAUCCGUUUGUUCCAUGAGAUUUUUAAGGGGACUCUCGAAAUCCAUUCAACAUAUUUUUAAUGACGUAGAAUUUAAUUGGAAUAAACAAUUACAACAAAGGCAACAACAGAAGAUAAAUGAUGAUUUGAUCCCAUUGGAUUUAUCGGUUUGGAGUAGAUAUUUUUUAACUGAUAUAAUCUUAUCAACCUCAACGAAGAGUUCCUCAAAUAAUUUACCAGGGUUCAAAGGUUUAUCAGAAACGUUUAAAAGAAAUAAUAAUUGGUUAUUUUAUAAUUUAUUAGAAAUUAUUAAACAAAGGAGGAAUGAGAUCGCUUUAUUGAAGGAAAAGGAACCUAUCGAUUCAUCAGAUUUACUGGAUAUUUUGUUGACCAUAAAUACUCCACGUGAUCCCAAUGGAUUUGAUGGGGGAUUGGAUCAAAAUGAUAAAAAUAAUAAGCCAAUGUCCGAUAAUGAAAUUCUUGCCAUUAUAUUGGACAUCGAUAUUGGUGGUCGCGAUCCGACUGCAAGUACAUUUUGCUUUACGGUGUAUAAUAUUUGCAAACACCCUAAAGUGUUGCAAAAAUUUCGCGAAGAAAUUGUUGAUGUAUUGGGUACCGAUUUCUUACGACCAAUACUUUUCGAAGAUUUAAGUAAAUUCAAAUAUCUCGAAGCUGUAAUUAAAGAGACUCAAAGAAUCAUCCCAUUAAAUCCAUUAAUACCACUUCAAUCACAUAAUAAAAUAUCACUUAAUGGACAUAUGAUAGAGAAGGAUACCCCGAUAUGUCCUGCCAAAGUAAUGUACUUUGGUAUAAAUCAUUCUUUUAAUUUAAAGGUCAAUAUAAAAAAGAGAGAAAAAUUUUAUUGA